AUGCUUCAGAGCAAUCCAUCUACUUCCACACUCAUCCAUCUAUUGAACGUCAGAUGGAGUGAUCAAACGUUUUUCAAAAGAAACAAUGCAUUUAUCUGUGACUCAACUCUCAACGGAGCAGAACGCAUCCCUCACAAUAUUUCGCUAAGCCUGUCCGUCCGUUCCUUCUCUUCAUGUUCAUCUCUCUUCCUCUACGAACGCAAACAACAAGAGAGCGUCUACCGUGGUCACUCAAUAUCUCAAGAGCCAACACUUGAGAGCAGACAGUAUUUCAACAUUUCCAUAUUUUCACUGCAAACUUUUUGCUGUGAGGGCCGCAUUGAGAACUAUUUUACCUUUGAAGGGCCGCACAUGUACAUGAAUAGCAAAUUUUUUCAACCCGGGAGAAAAUUUUUUAAGAUUUGUGGCUUCUUUUUUGAUCAUAAUGCCUGGCUGACGACCUUUUUGGCGAACAAAGCCUCGCGGGCCGUAUAA